GACAGGCCCUACUGGGAAGGAAGACAGGGAGGGUCAGCACCCACUGGCAGAGGGAGUGUGAACGGAUCGCCUAAGCCAUUUUGUCUGGUGUAUCUCUUACCGUGUCUUUUACCACCCUCUCAGCUGGUUUUGAUGCUGUCAAGUAAAGUCAGGAUGGAGAUUAGCAGUGGGCAUGCAGACAAAAAAGCAGCCCCCAAGGAAAGAUCUGAACAAGAAGGUGGAUUAGGAUCUCCUGACCAGGCCGUGCAGUUGGCUGAGGUGGCAAAGGCAGGUCGGCAGCCAGCACUCCGUUGCACAGGCCCCAGAAAGGGACUGAGUGAAUAUAAGAGAAACUUCAAAUGGAAAACCCCAGAGUUUUGUAGCCCAUCCCAACAGCAGAAACCCUUGUGGGCAGGACUUCGGUCGGAUCAGUUUGGAAUCACCAGAGAACCAAAAUUCAUUUCCAAGAGAAGGGUACCUUACCGUAAUCCACAGAUUGCAAAAUCCUUUGAAUGGACAGCAGAUUGUGAUUUGAAUGACCCACUUGAAACUGAAGCUCUUAGGACUGCAGAGCUGCACACAGACCACAACAACAAUAAUGUGAAUCUGGAAAAAAUUGAAGUGCCAGAAGGGCCCAGACUUCCCCCAAAACUUCGGUCACAUUCAGUGGAUUCUAGAGGUGAAAUAGCUCUUGCCCUUGCAGAAAACAACACGAAGAGAUCACCCUCUGCAGCUCCACCAAAUCAAAAUGAAGCAUUUUCGUUUUCAAAAAAGGAAUUGGAGAAAAUGGGUAAUGGGCUUCACAGAGUCCUUCAGAGGAAAGCAGACAUGAAUACUUCACAUUUAAAUACUUUCCCCAGAAAUUCUGAAUAUCAAAGCCAAUUUGUUUGGAAGAGUCCUCAUGAAAGGUCACCAAUACUUGCAGCAGAACAGGUUAUUUGCAACACAGGUAAAUCCAUACCUCCAUUUAAAUCUCCUGCAAUUGCUUCUGGAACUGCAUAUGAGGGAAAUUUCAAAGGGUCUCCUGUUAAGGGUCCACAAGAGAGAGGUGGUUCAGAAGAGAAAGAAUUUCUGAGUAAGAGGGAAGAACUGUUUCAAAAGCCAGCAGAAGAUGCAGCAAAACAAGGAAAAUCAGAACAGAAACAUCCUAAACAAAAAAAUAAGCAACAUAUCAGUCCAAAGCCCCUCUCUUUACAUACAAGCCAUGGGAAGAUGAACACUGAAUAUAGGUCAAAAUUUUUGUCUCCAGCCCAGUAUUUCUACAAAGAUGGAGUUUGGUCUCGUAUCAGAAGUAAAGUUCCCCACCAAGCAUCUCAGAACACCAUAAAUUCCAUGUGGUAUAUGGAGGUGAGAGAACUUCGAGAAAGAGCAAAAGCUUACAGGCGACGAGUAGAGGGAACACACUUCUCUCGAGACCAUCUCAAUCAGAUCCUGUCAGAUAAUAAUAGUCUUUGGGAUGUGUCCUCAAAUUCCAGUUCAGAAGAAGGCAUCAGCAACAACAUCAGAGCACUAGAUCUUGCUGGAGUUUCUGAAAAAGACACUGCACCAAGCCCCAAAAUGCUGCAGCAACCUGACUCCAGAGAACAGCCACAGCAGGACAGCACUGAGAAGAAAGACAUGUCAGAUGCUUUAACUGUUCCAGUCAAAAGGCGUUUAGUUUGGGGUGAACAAGAAGGUACUGAAGAAAGAGAGAAUUGGCAAUCAACAGAAGAGAAAGAAAACCAAGAUGAACAGGCUGCAGUCAUGGCUCAGCAGUUAAAAGAAAACAGUAAGGAUGCCAAUGAAGAUAAGAAAAUUGAAGGUGAGAAUGCCUUAGGAUUGAAUUCUUCUGCAGCUGUGUCAGAUUCUUCUUCUGUAUCCUCAAGGACAGGCGGAAGGCUUCCUACUCCGAAGCUGAGAGAGCUUGGUGGAGCUCAGAGGACUCAUCAUGAUCUCACCACUCCAGCUGUUGGAGGUGCGGUUCUAGUGUCUCCUCCUAAAUUCAAGUCUUCGUCUUCACAUCAGAGAACGCGAGCUUUAGGAAUAGACCCUUCUUCAGCGAAGCAAGGGGCAAGAGAAGCUUCAAAAAGAAGGUCCUUCCAGCCUGAUGUGGAAGUGGAAGCUGUUUCACUCCUUACCUCUCCACCUGCUGGGCUGGGAACUUUGGAUCCUCUGCCACUUAGGCAGGAUGAGGGGCCUUCUAACAGUGUUUCUGAUGAGCAAGUUCCUCUUGCUCCAGCCAGUCAAGAGCAUUCCUCUACACCUCCUGUGCUGAAGUCAGCCAAAAGCUGCUCUAUGCCUGGCUGGAGUCCCUCUCGUCGUAUUCAAGGGACUCUCAAGGAUCCGGAAUUCCAGCAUAAUGGGAAUGUUGGCAAUCCAAAAAUGAGAUCCUUCCAGUUACCCCUUCCAGAAAGAAACUAUAAUGAUGAAGAUGACAGGUUGUCUCAGAUUUCUGCUCGCUCGGCAGCAUCUAGCUCGCUUGCGUCUCAGAUACUGGAACGAGCUCAGAAGAGGAAGGAUUUCUGGGGCAAGACAUAAUCUCUCCCACCUGAUGUAUAGAAACUGUUCUGUAAAACGAUGUAUUUUUUUAUAGUUGGUAGUGUACAUUUUAAAAAAUUGUCAUUGUAGAUAUCAUGCAGCAUCCUUUCACUUGUCACUAAUAUGGCCCAGCUUUUAGGAUUUGCCAUUCCAAUUUAAAAUUUCAAUAUUUAAACCAGUGUGGAAAAUGUAUGUCCUUUAUAUCUGAGUUAUGUCUUAAUUCACUGUGUCACAGCAGCCAUUUGGGGUUGUAUUUUUUUUUUUAACAGUGGUACUUCUUGAAACCAAGAUAAUUAUUUUUUUAUGCAACCUGUGUGUUAUUUUUCAAGGUGUUCUGCUGUAGUCGUGCAGUAUCACCUGGGACAGUAUUCAAGGGCAACACCAUAAUUCACCAAGUACCUCAGUUGCUUGAUUUUAAUGAGCUAUCUUAAAGAUAAUUGGGGUAUAUUUGUUUAUGUUACUGUAUGAGUUGUCAGUACAACUCAGUGCUGUACAAAAAGUUAAUUUUUAUACUUAGUGUUUUUAAUCUUUUACCAAAAAAUGCUUACUGAGAAAAGACCUUAAGCUUUAAGGUUUGUUCAUUGUCCACAGUUUUUUGCCCAGGAUGACUAUUAAAGUACAAUACUGCAGUUUGUUAGAUGCACUGGUAUGAGCAUUUGUCUUUUUGUGGGCAAUACCAUGUUUAGUGUUAACUUCAACUUCUCUAGAAAAAUCAACCUCAGCCACCUUAAACAGUGGCCUUCCCCAGCCCUACUUCACACUCAGGUAUUUAGAAGUAGUUGAUCUCUUAAAGUAAACUCAGAAGAAUGUUUUUCCUUGACAUUUUAAUUACCUCUCCUUCUAGUUGCCUGUUAUGAUUGUCACAGGGAAAAAUGUUUGUGACUUAUGCUGACAGCUUGUUUUAUCUUUCCAAGCAGUACAAACAAGUUAACAUGAAGUAGAGGAAAUAGGUGGCUAGCAGGCAAUUUGGUUCUUGUGUGGCUUCAAGUUUUACAAGAACAAUUUGAAUUUUGUAUACAUUUGAUUACAUUUUGAUUUUGUACACAGUUAUGUAUGCAUAUUACUGAAAAUAAAAAAGGCUGUUUGAUUUUUUUCUAUUCAAAUUAUGCCAGAUAAAUCGGUAGAGCCUGUUAUGUUGACACUUCUCUGUUUAGUUCUCCAUUUCACCUGUUCACCUGGAAUGUCUGUGAACUUCUAAAAGACAAGAAGUUACCUCAGAACUGAUCUUUAGAAGGAGUAAGUUACUAAAGCUAGAUAUGUUGAUACUUGGAAUCAUGGCGGGCUCCGGAUACUUGAAAUCGUGACCCAGAGCAGAUGGAUGUUACACAGACUGGAAGGCUGCAAUGCCCAAAGGGCUGGCCCUGAACAAAUGUGGUGUUGAUUUAAAGAGUGAGUGCUAUAUCCAGCACUGAUCAUGUUAGAAAACAGUGUCCGUUUCUUCCAGAAAUCAUGUAUUGCAGUAGCUUCCUACAAGUGGAGUUGUUUGAAACAAAUCAAGGUAUUUUAUUAGAUCUUGAGGAGUUCUGGGAUUAUUCUGUGGCAUGCACUUAAUAUGUAAAUUAUAACUGGUCAGAAAGUUUCUACUGAAAAGGAAACUGUAUUUGUGUGCAACAGCCUUUAUGAAAAUUGCCAGAUUUCCUCUAAAAUAGUUUUAUAACAGAGAACUUAAUGGCUAAAAAAUGUAAACAUUUUUGUUUAGGAGGGAGUGUUGCUUCAGUAUAUUGCAGGUGGGUUAAUUUGGGCGUCUUGUCUACGUUCUUAUUCAACACAUUCUCAUGGCCAAGAGCUCUAAUCCACUACUACUUUGUGGUAACUGUAAUUUGAGUUUUAUGAACUGUGUCCACUUUUUAAGUAUUUUGGAUUUCUAGGUUUGCCUGGGAUUCCUGGCUAUCUGACAGCUCUGUCAAGAGGUUUUGUGAGGCCUAACUCAUAGAUAUUAUAACAGUAUAUGUGCCAAUUUUGCUUACAGUAUUGCACUGUGAGUCUGGUGCAUCUGGCUAGCUCUUGAGUUUGUUAGGUGUGUACUGUAUCGUACGUGUAUGUUGAUUUCUGCCAGGGAGACAAUACGUGUUGUAAAGGAGGGAGACAUUUAUGUUGCAUGGGGAUACAAACCCAAUUUAGAGAUAAGAAUGGAAGCCUCUUGUGUCCCACACAUCGUCAUAACAUUAUUUCCUAUCUGAACAAAUUUUAGCUUUUGCCUGAAAUGUUCUAACUGAAUUUGCUUUGAGACAGAAGUAUUUAAGGGAAAUGUAGACAAAAUACCUUUUUUGAGCGAUGCUAGUGUAAGAACUCUGAAGGGUCCUCUUUUGUAGUCUUUAAGGCAGACAUGAAAUUUUUUAUGCCUGCUUUCUGCUUUUUGUUGUUUAUCUAGUUCAAGAGGGGUUUUUGUUUUUCUGAAUGUUUGAGACCAACCUUCAGACAGGUUUCCUGUUGUGUUUUCCAGCAAGCUGAACAUGGAGAAAGGGUUCAAAAGUGCACCAUUUAAUAAUAAUUACAAGUGUGUGCUGUACAGUGAAUGCAUAUUGUUUUUUGUCAAGGAAAUCUUAGAAGCCUUGAAACAGGUCAAGUAGAUAAACAAGGAGAAAGUCAGUUGCCAAUAGGAGAUACAUCUAAGGAAUAAACAGCUUUGGGAGCUUGUUGAAUGAAGGUCAAGAUUUAAAAAGCCAGCACAUUAAUGAUGGACCCAGUCAGUAAGUGUUGAAUUGAAUGUCUCAGCUGCUGUUUUUCACUGGCUCUUUCUCACUGGCUGCUGCCAGCUGGGAAAAGGCCUUCCUUUGCACAGUAUUCCUGUCAAUAAAGUGUUCCCCCAGCAAGCCCACAAAGAGCAGACUUGGUUCCAGUCUGUCACUUCUCAAAAACUUCCUGUCUUGCCAGAUAGUAAGCUUGUUGCCUGUCUGUGGGAAUGAGAAGUGAGCUCCCAGUUUCUCCUACUGAAUCCAUUUUUGGAUAAAAAUGGUUGGUGGAGUAGGGGUUGGAACAAAGUUCUCCCUAUUCCCAAAGCUAUGUGCACUCUACCAUCCUCCUCUUCCUCCUUUUGGCCCACUCUACGAUACUCCUCUUCCUUCUGGCCCCCUCUCUCAUGGAAUGACUUCAGCAGGAGGGAUUGAAGCACCUUUCUCAGCAUUUAGGUGGUUCUCCAGGGAGGUUUUGAUGUCCCUGGGCAGGAAGAGAGUUUUGAGGAUUUAGGUAAAUGUUUACAGUAGCAGCAAGGUAGUAUUUAGACACUUGCAUCCCUUUACAGUUCUGGGCUUUCAUUCUUUUCAGAGUCUGAAUUUCCAGUGCCUUUCACAAUGCAUGAGCCUUCUCUACUUAAAAUGCUGAAAUUACCCCAUAAACCCUGGAUAGAACAGUUUGAGAAGAAUUGAUAGGGGCUUUCCAGCUCUGCAGGGAAGUUUGGGAGAACAUCUGGAAUUGUGGAUAAUCCUAUCCAAUUAAAAAAAUCCUGCUAAAAUGUGUUACUUUUGCAAUAAUAUUUUGUGUUGCUUUCUGAUUUUAAUGCUUCCGUGAGGUGAGUUCUGAAGCUUAAAAGUGAAGUAUGUAUGUUGUUAACCUUACAAAUAUAAGCAGUCAAGUUUCUUUAACCAUCAGAGCUAGAUUGCUUUUAAGUAAGGUGUAGGCAACAAGAUGUGGUUUUGGGACAUACAGUCUGGAUUAAGUUUUAAGGAUGUCCAGUGAUACUUAAAUCACUGUGAGUAUGUUAUUGUAUAGGGAUUUUUCAGCAUUUUUUGAUGACUAGAUCCAUGUCUUCUAUAUUGCUCACAUGAAUCCUUAUGUAGUGAGUAACAACCUCAUGAAAACAGAUUUGCCUUCGCUGAUGCCUUACAGGUAACCUGAGUUCCCCCUGGACCUAAGUGCCACAGCCUGAAACCCAGUGUAUGUUGCAAAAAAGUGAAAGGAAGUGAAGUUACUUACCAGCCACCAGCUUUCUCCUUCACUCACAAAUUCUUCGAGUCCAGGUACUAAGAUGUUUUCCUUAGCUGACUCUUGGUGUCCUUGCUUUCUGGCAGAUAGCAGUGGAGGAAAAAGGGAUUUCCAAAUACUAUCUGUAAUACUUGAGCAAAUUUAUAGUACUUCAAGAUGGAGCAGGAAGCACAGCUUCUUUGAACAAUUUAGUGCGUGCUUAUUUGCAUAAUAUCCUACUGCUUCAUUAUAUCUGCCUGUUCCGGCAAGGCUGAGCUGGUACCUAAUGUUCUGGUAUGAGAGCAGUUCUUACUGUCUGGUAACAUUUGUCAGCAAAGAUCCCCAUCACCCUCUGAUGCAAGUGAAAGUUCUGCUGUGCCCUCGUUGACCAACUUUUAGUGUAGCCUGAAGCAAUUUUUUUCCCUUACCCAGAUGCACAUAAAUGUGUGAUAAAGAAAACAAGCCAAAUAGGUUGUUUCACAUGAAAAUUACCAAAUUAAUGUUGUGAUUUCAGCAGUCAUUCAAAUCUUUGUAGGGAGGAGCUUGUAAAGAGAGGGAUGGAUGGUGGAGCUGCGGUUAAUUCUGGUUCACAGUCAGUUCUUUGGCUUUGUUCUGCAUUGAAACCCAGUGGGAAAGUUAUUCACAUAGCAGUGAUCACACUGAAAGCAAAAGCCAGAGACAGGAUAGUGGAUGGUAGAUAACCAAAAAAUCCAGUUUCAUAGAAAUCCAUUUUUUUUUCUUUUAGAUCUGAGUUAGUGUUGUGUUCAAGGACAUACGGAGUUUCAUGUUAAAAAUGUGAAUGACCUUCCUAAAUACUCUGAUACUCACUACAGUUCAUCUGUGUCAAAUGUGAGCUGACCUUGUGAGGUUUCUGUUCUGCAGGCUGUGUUCUAGAGAAACUUGUGGAGCAACUGGGCCCUGCCUAGCAAACCUGAACUUGGCAUGCCAAAUGUGCUACAUGUGGGAUGAGUUUUGAGAAACUGAAGGAUGUUGCUCGGUUGUCUUGCAGUGUCUUGUUAGGGUGGAGGACUGAGAGCUGCACAAGGUUUGCCUGGUGACUGGCAGUCCUUUGGGAAGGCAAACAAGGCCUGAUAGUGUUUACAGCUUACACACCUUUUGUUGGAUCAGUUUAUUCCAUUCAUGGGAAUAAAAGUAUAAGAGCAAAACUACUCAUUUGCUGGUAUGAGCUUGCUCUUUGCAGACAGAGUCUGGUGGUACAGUCAUGGCAGCAAAUACUCCUUAGUGCAGGCAGUUCUUUGGUGGAGGGGAAAAGGACAACUGAAGCUUCUCACUCCCCACUUUCUUCAGAGGUCUUCAUAAAGUCUCCCGGUAAGUGGGUAUCUACUUUGUAAAUAUGACUAAUUCACAUUUAUGCCAGCUUACCUUUCCUGAAAUAACUAAGGCAGUGACCUGUGCAGGUUUUGAGUGGGCCUCAAAGCUUUUCCUUUAAACUGUGUUUAAAUCUGCUAUACACACAUAUUGUAUAUGUCUGUGUAUGUAUAUAUGUGUGUGUGUAUGUAUAUAUAAAAAAGUUUUUUUUAUUCAAGGUGACUUUGUUUAAUACUGUCAUGUGCUGGGAUGUUUCCAAAGCACCUACAUCAAGACUUGAAGUAGAAUAGGUUGACAGGAUCCAGAAAGCCUGUACUUCCGGAUUUCUCCCUUCCUCGGACCCCGUCUGGUUGCUGGGUUGGUGUGACACAUAUGUACAGGCAUCUGUGGAUGCACCCUGUUCUGAAGAGCUGGGUGCCCAUCUCUCACCCCAAGGUCGCUUGGGCUGGGGGAAACCUGCUGAGACUCGGUGCCACCCAACUGGACUGGGUCCAUGAGUUCCCAGAACAGUGCUCUUGUGAGGAGUAUGCUCUUUGUGUUUCCAGUGGGAAACUGGCUCCAGCCUGUUUAUGUAUUUUAGUUUAUACAACAUGUGGCUAAAAACAGAUAACCCAGGAAAACAGCAUCCUAAUUGCUAGGCUGUAGCUAUUUUGUUUGGUCUCCUUUUGUUCCCAUAAAUCUCCCAUUCUUGACAGUAGUCACCCUUCAACAGGAAACUCGCUGAUUCAGAGGCUCUCCUGGGAGUUGGGCAAUAGCAUAACCUUGGGCUGGGGAAAGGCUGGGACACGGACUGUUGACUUCCUAGGAAUGGAAGAUUACUGGAAGACUACUGUUUACAACAUGGGAAUUGUCACUUCCUUCUCUAGCAGCCCUGUUAUACAGAAUACCUGAGCAGCCAGGGUCUCACUUUCAGGAGAUGAUGCUGAGCUCAGAGCCUCUGUAAAAGUGCUGGUGUAUGGACAGUGUCUGGGCACAAGUACUCUACCUUAAAUAAUGUUGCGUCCCUUCAAAAUGGCUUUAUUUAACUAAUCAAGGUGAUGUGGAUUCAUUAUGUGAUAAAACUGAUGGUGCAUAAUGCUGGAGCUAUUUCUUAAUCUGAGUAAUUGCGUAAUCUGAAUAACUGUUGCUGAAUUUUGGAUUAUAAACCAGUUUGCAAAAUUCUGUUCCCAGUUCGAGUGGGUUUUUUUGAGAUAUACUAUGUCAGUAAUUCCACUUUGCCAUGUCACUGACUCGCUGCUGUGCAACCACACCACAUUAACAGGAAGCCCAGAAGUUUCAGUUCACCUGAUCUGACUGUUCGCAAGACAUAGUUGGAUAUAUGUAGGUCACUCUAUAAAGUGACAGAGUCUCAUAAUAUAUGUGUGACUUUACACUCUGAAUUAAAAGAAACGGCCAACUGGUGGAAGGGUUCAUAGUGGUGCCUUUGGUGGCGUGGGGCUCUGUGCACUGAAAUGGUCUGCACUUUCUUUUCUCCUGUCUGCAUGAACUAUUGGCAGGUUGUAUUAAAACUUGUUUAUGCUUUACUGAUGUCGACAGCAGUUGUCUAAAGAGGCAGAACCACUGGACUAACAUCUAUUACACUUCCACUGAGACUGGGUUUUGCUUUUGUUUUUUUUUGUUUUUCAUAUUAAUACCUGAAUCUUCCUGGCACUGCAGUAAAAAUUACCACAUCAGUGGUCCUGCGGUAGCAGUAAUAGUGUUGGUAGCAGCUGUACAGUAUUGUCUCAAUCUACUGGGUGGCUUUCCCUUGGAUCUCCACUACAUGAAUGUUACUGAUGUGAGAAUAAAGAUAUUUGAACCAAGAGGUUUUGUUUGUCCCAGAAUGUAAUUUAAAAUUGAGACUGCAAUGAACUAUUAGUUUCCUUCUACUUAGACUUUUUAUGAUAUAUCAGUUUAAUAA